AUGAUGCGAGACCGACGUCGUUACGCCAUGAUGUCCGCCCCUUUCUUGGCCAUCUAUGGCACCGUCCUGGUGGUGCUGGGCUACCUGAGUGGGCUCCGUCUGAGCCGAGCCGAGCUGUAUCCUGGUCUCCCCCCGGCUGUGAUAAUGGACUUCGACCUGUCCAGCUAUCACCCAGCGCCCUGUGUUCACCUGGGAGCAAAGGUCUUCUAUACCUUCAGCUUUUGGUUGAUGUUUCGUCAGCAGCUGAAGGAGAGACUGGAGGAGCAGAGUUUAAAAAAAGCGGAAUCCCUGGAUGAAGUCAAAACUGUGUCAACGGAGGAAAGUCAGCCAUCACCCCUGGUAGCGAUGUUGAUCUCAGGAGUGAAAGGCUUGCUGGUGAAAUACUGGAUCCUAUUCUGCUGCUCCAUGUUCUUUGUUAUCAGCUUCUCUGGAAAGGUGGUGGUCUACAAGAUCCUCUACAUUGUCCUUUUCCUCUACUGUGUUGUCCUCUACCAGAUCCGUUAUGAUGUGUGGCGUCGUCUCCUGAAGACAUUCUGGGCGGUCGUGGUUGGUUACUCCAUGGUCGUAUUGAUAGCCAUCUACAUGUACCAGUUCAGAAGUGUGUCCAGUCUGUUCAAACAGAUCAUGGGCAUGUCAGAGGAGGGUCUGCGUGACCUGGGUUUAGAGCGCUACGACACAGUGGAGCUGUUUGCACGUAUCCUGCUUCCUGCUGCAUUUCUAUUGGCUUGUAUCCUCCAGUUGCACUACUUCAACUCUGACUUCCUGAAUCUCACUGACCUCGAUAACGUACCUGUCAGACAGGCUUCCAGAGAGGAAGAGCUCAGGAGUUCAGUCGAUGUGAUAUCUGAGAUAAUUAAAGAAAACCUUGAAAAAAUCCAGAAAAGGCUGGUGAAGGAGCAGAUGGGGAAUGGGAAAAGCCAGGAGACUCUGGACAGCGUUGGGCUCCAAUCCUCCCAGGACAAAGGAGCUGAGGCACAGGAGGACACGACAGGGGAGGAGCCUGUCCACAGCAGCCGUGAGGACAAGUGGAUUGUGAUUGUGGAUCGGGCGAGCCUGCUGCUCAUUCACGUACUGUCAGGACUCAACAAGCUGCAGGAGCAGAGCUGGAGACUGCUGGAGCUGCACAGCCUGAAAAUUGUUUCCACUGGCAUCAUCUGGGUGUCCCUGCAAGAGGUAUCACUGAUGAACUUGCUCUUCCUGGUCCUGUGGGUUUUUGCACUUCCUUUCCCACGGUUACGACCUCUGGCCUCUAGCAUCUCUGCCGUGUGGGCUUGCGUCAUGGUGGUGUGCAAGAUGUUUUACCAGCUGAAAGUCAUCAAACCCCUCGAUUAUUCCUCCAACUGCACAUCUGGUUUAGUGCCUUUUAACAGCACAGGUUUGGAUGAUGGAGAAGAGCUGAGAGGGAACAUGAUGGAGCUGCUCAGGAGAUCUAUCCUCUACAUGGAGCCGGUAGACCCCGUCUACUGGUGUGGAGCGCUUCGUAAAUGUGAGGGCAGGAUCCUCCCAUGUCUCAGGAACCACCUGAUGGUGCUGGGGCUGCUGGUUUUCGAAGCGACCGUCCAGCGGCACCAGCUCUACUUCCGUCUCAAUAACGACCUCAAACCCCCACCCUUCAGCAUCAUUUUCCAGGGCAUCACAAGGCAGCACCUAGACCAUGGCAUCCUGCCCUGCAUCAAGUACUUCAUCAACUACUGCUUCUACAAGUUUGGUCUGGAGAUCAGUUUAAUUGUGGCAGUGAAUGUGAUUGGUCAGAGGAUGGAUUUCUAUGCCCUGCUCCAUUCCUGCGCUUUAAUGGCUGUGCUGUCACGGCGACGCAGGAAGGCUAUCGGGGAGGUGUGGCCUAAAUACUGCUGCUUCACUGCAGGACUUAUGGUGCUGCAGUACCUGCUCUGCAUUGGCAUCCCUCCUGCUUUCUGUGUUGAUUACCCCUGGAGGACUGCUGUUCAGCCUUUGACCUCCAAUGUUAUCAAGUGGUUUUACCUGCCUGACUUUGCCAUGAGUCCCAACCCUUUGUUCAUAUUCUAUGACCACCUCCUGUUGCUGUGCUCGUCUCUGCAGUGGCACAUGUUUGAGGAGGAGAACCGUGCAGCUGUGCGGCUGCUGGCUGGAGACAAUGUUGAGAUCAGUCGGAGUCUGGAUCCUUGUUCCUUCAACCAGUACAUACCUGUUGACAACUUCCUUCACUGCAGGUCCUACCUCGACAUGGUGAAGGUGUUUGUGUUCAGCUAUUUCUUUUGGCUGGUGCUGUGCCUCAUCUUCAUCACUGGCACUACGCGGAUCAACAUCUUCUGCCUGGGCUACCUGGUGGCUUGUUUCUACUUCAUGCUGUUUGGUGGCAGCGUGUUGAUGCAGCCGGUCAGAUACAUCUUGAGACUUUGGGACUGGCUCAUUGGGUACACCUGCUUUGUGAUCACCAUGAAGAACCUGCUUUCUCUCGGAUCUUGUGCCUACCUGGGCAGCUUGCUGAAGAAUGGCUGCUGGUUAAUUCAGGCCUUCAGUAUGUUCUGCACUAUCAAAGGCUACGAUGUCCCUGAGCCUGACGAUAAGUGUGAGCUGCCUGAGGGCGAGGCCGGCAUCGUCUGGGAUGCGAUCUGUUUCACUGUUCUCCUGGCACAGAGGAGGGUCUUCCUUAGCUACUACUUCCUCUACAUAGUGUCUGACCUCAAGUCCUCUAAGAUAUUGGCCUCCAGGGGAGCUGAGCUGUUCGAGGCCAAAGUGAAGAAGUUGGUCGCAGCGAGACUGGAGAUGGAGAAGAAAUCUGUGGAGACUUUGAAGAAACAGAUGGAGAAGAUUAAAUCUAAACAGAAAGGCCGACCUGCAGCAGCUGACAAACCAGCGCUUCCUGCUGCUGCUGAGCCAGUGACACCAGGUGAUGAUGAGAAGGCAAAAGGAGAUGCUGGAAAAUGGUGGAAGCCUUGGGUGUCUAAGCCGGGAGUGGAAAACAACUGUGGCUACCACCUGUUUGAAAGUGACAGCGAGGAGGAAGAGGAGGAAUCUCCCGAGAAGAAAGAAGAGGAACAACCACCAAAGAAGAAAUCUGCUUUCCAGUUGGCCUAUGAAGCCUGGGCCACCAGCUCUAAGACGGCUCUAAAGGACCUGAAGAAGGAGAAGAAAAAAAUGAAAAAAGAAGAGAAGAAGAAAGCGAAGAGAGAGCUUAGGAGACAGCAAGGCAUUGAAAGAGCAGACUCAAGCGAGGAUGAACUUGAUGAGAGCACUGUGGAGGAGGAGGUGGUUGAGGAAAAAGAAAAUAUUCUGCAGCGUGUCAUCAACACCUUGAAGUUCACCUGGGUGUUCGUUCAGUCCCUUCUUGACGACCUGACGGAGGGUAUGAACUCGUUCUGUAAAGACAGCCGGGAGAUCUCCAAGGUGCUUUGUUUUGAGCGAGCGUUACUCAACCAGCAGCAAAAGAAGGGGAAAGAGGUGAGCCAGGAGAGCGUGAAGCAGUUUUAUGAAAACUGGAUCUCCCGUCAAAACACACUUUCAUCUCAGGACGACUUAGAUGACUCGUUGCCUCCUCCCUCCCCCCCGCCUGCUGUCCCGUCCUCAAACCUAGCUUACGCUAAGCUAAAGAACCAAGCCUCAAAAAUGUCAUGGGGCAGCAGCGUUUCCAGCUGUAUGACAGACGAGACGAUGCUUGGGUCCCGGCAGCCAACCCAGGAAGAGCUGGACGAGCCUCCUGCUGUGCCACCUGUUGCUGACCAGCUCAGACGGAGGCUCCUGAGAACGACCAACAUUGACCUGACCUCUGCUGGACCCGAUGAAACUUCUCCAAGCAGUGAAGAUGGCUCCCCUGUAAGUGGAGACCAUCGACAAAACGAAGAUGAUGAGGUGGACUCGGAGGGAGAGAUGGAAUGUGAGCUAGAUCAAAAAGAGUCAGAGGAAAAGAAAGACCAGGAGGAGGAUUAUGAGAUGGAGAGAGAAGAGCAGAACAAGCAAACAAAGCAGAGAGAAGAAGAUGAACAUGCUGAUGACCAAGGAUGCAUGCCAUUGGGCUUCAGGGAGAGUGAUGGAGAGAAAAGCCUGGACCUCAUAGAACCUCUUAAACCGCUGAGUCAGGAAACAAGGAACCUCACUGCCAGUGAGCUGCUGCUAAACAACAUGUUUGAAAAUGAUGAGAUCUCAGGGUCUGAUAAGUUUUUUGUCACACUGCCGAGGCCACUGAAGCUGCUGUUUGCCCUCUAUAACACCAUGGUGUCCAAGUCAGAAAUGCUGUGCUACUUUGUCAUCAUCCUCAACCACAUUGUGUCGGCGUCGCUCCUCUCCCUCAUCCUGCCCAUCCUCAUCUUCCUCUGGGCCAUGCUGUCUGUGCCCCGACCAACCAAACGCUUCUGGAUGACCGCCAUUAUCUACACAGAGUUGACUGUUGUGGUAAAGUACUUUUUCCAGUUUGGUUUCUUCCCAUGGACCACCUCUGCCUAUCGAGGCAUCAACGCGGACAGGCCCUUCGCCCUGCCCAACAUCAUUGGUGUGGAGAAGAAAAAUGGCUACGUCCUCUUUGACCUUAUUCAGCUGCUCGCUCUUUUCUUUCACCGGUCUAUUCUCAAGUGCCAUGGGCUGUGGGACAACAAAGAGGUUGAGAUGCCGGAUUUUUUCAAGAAGAUGAAAAGGAAAGUGGACAAGAAAAAGAUGACAGGAGGAGAUAAGAUGGGCAGCAAAGAUAAAACUCACCGCCGGCUUAAGUUCCUUCCACUACAGGCCUCCACAACCUCUAUAUUCUGUAGAGGGAGGAGAGGCGACUCAGCAGAAUCCACAGAGGUGAAGCCUAAAAAGCAGCAGAGCAAGAAGAAGAGACGACAACGGCACAAGGCUCCGCUGACCAGGAAGCAGAGGAUCAGACAACAUAUCAGAGAGAGGAUGCUGCAGGCUAAAGCUGCCAUCAUAGAAGUUGCCCUUCACAUCUACCUACCCAUAAGGCAGUUUUUCUACGACAUCAUCCACCCAGACUACAGUCCUGUGUGUGACGUCUACGCCCUCAUGUUUCUCAUUGAUGUAGUCAACUUCAUUGUCACCAUAUAUGGAUACUGGGCUUUUGGGAAAUACUCUGCAGUAGCUGACAUCACAGAGUCUCUGUCAGAGGACCAGGUUCCAGAGGCCUUCCUGGUCAUGCUGCUCAUGCAGUUUGGCACCAUGAUAGUGGAUCGGGCCCUCUAUCUGAAGAAGUCUCUGUUGGGAAAGUGUGUUUUCCAGGUGGUGUUGGUGUUUGGCAUACACUUCUGGAUGUUCUUCAUCCUCCCCGGGGUCACAGAGAGGAGGUUCAACAGCAACCCUAUUGCUCAGCUCUGGUACUUUGUAAAGUGUAUCUACUUCGGCCUGUCUGCCUAUCAAAUCAAAUGUGGGUACCCAAACCGCAUCCUGGGCAACUUCCUCACCAAGAACUACAACUACCUGAACCUUUUCCUCUUCCAAGGGUUUCGUAUGGUUCCCUUCCUGACAGAGUUGAGGGCGGUGAUGGAUUGGGUUUGGACUGACACUACUCUAUCUCUCUCCAGUUGGAUUUGUGUUGAAGACAUCUAUGCAAACAUAUUUAUCCUUAAGUGCUGGAGGACGUCUGAAGAAAAAUACCCCCAUACUCCAGGACAGAAGAAGAAGAAGGUGGUGAAAUAUGGGAUGGGAGGAUUCAUCAUCUUUGCCCUGAUCAGCAUCAUCUGGUUUCCACUUCUUUUCAUGUCACUGGUACAGUCAGCAGCUGGAGUGACCAAUCAGCCGGUAGACGUCUCCAUUCAGCUCAGCAUCGCAGGAUAUGAGCCUCUAUUCACAAUGAGCGCCCAGGAGCACAACUUAGUCCCUUAUUUAGAAAAGGAUUUCAACAAACUCACCAACAAAUAUGCAACCCACAAGUCUGCUAUGCAGUUCAUAAUGAACUAUGUGGCAGACGACAUUGUUACCGCUAAGAUCAAGAGUGAUGCCAGUCUGCUGUGGAGCAUCAGCCCGGCCAGUCGAGAGGCCAUGAUACAGGAGCUCAACAACUCCUCCCAUAUAUACAUAACCUUACGCUGGAUCUUGCUCAGGAAUGCGUCCAUAUCAAUGAAUGCAGAGAGUGUGGGAGAACACACUGUGAAGUUUGAGGACAAGGCCUUAAAGGAUGGAAUAGUCCAUAUGCUCAAAGGCAACAGCAGCAAACCUGUGAUCAUUCAUUCUCUGCUGCCAAAAUACAUCAGGGGUCCCAAAGGAACAGUGUCUAAGAUGGCAACCAGGAUGACUGUCGAUCCUUCAGUCCAGCCGCUGGCAUUCUUCAGGCCCAUGUCUGUAAAACUUCAACCAGUCCCUGGGACUUCAGAGAAAGAGGACGACCAGUGGUGGGUGGUGGAGGAGUGCUCUCCGGUUGUUGCCUCAGGUCACAAAUGUGGAGAAAUUGAGAUAAUCAUAUUCAGUGAUAAAGUCAGCCCUUCAAGUCUGGGAUUCCUAGCUGGACACGGAAUCGUUGGUCUGUACAUGUCAGUGGUGCUGGUCAUUGGAAAGUUUGUCCGGGAGUUCUUCAAUGGGAUCUCCAGGUCCAUCAUGUUUGAGGAGCUGCCGUGUGUGGACCGGGUUCUCAAACUCUGCACAGACAUUUUCGUUGUUCGGGAAACAGGAGAGAUGGAGCUUGAGGAGACGCUGUUUGAGAAACUCAUCUUCCUGUACCGAUCCCCAGAGACCAUGAUCAAGAUGACCAGAGAGAAGAAGGACAGUUGAAGGGGUUUGAUGGAUAUCCCACAUAACAGGAUACUCACCGUGAUUCGCAUUGAACUCUCUUCACAAAGAUUGGAUAGAUAUAAGCAGAUAAAAUGUCUUUUCACUAAGUAGGAGUUUUAUUGCAACUCGAGUGAAGUUAAAAAAGAUCUUUGUGGCAGAAGGUGCAGCAGGGAGAACUUGUAAUUCAUGAUCCAUUUUUGAUUAAGAGCUCUACAGAGGUGCCACUGAGCAAGAUCCCCCUCUCUUACCCUGCCAUGUUUUGAUCUCUGACCUUGACCAUAGAAAACGUUUUCACAUCUACAGCAGAUCAGUGCAAAGAUAGAUCAAUGGGGUUUUCAUUCUAAGAAAAUAAAUCUGGGUCUGAUUAGAGAUUCAACUUGUUCAGGGAAGGACUACUUACAGGCAAACUAUGUGAAUAUGAAUGUUACAGUGAUCUGGAAGGCAGUAAAACACAACAAUUAACUUUAGCUUCUUGGAUAGCGUCACAGCCAGUUAUUUGCUUAUUCAUUUCAUGUUCAGCCCACCGAUCAGUGCAUGCUUUAUUAUUUUAUAUUCAGUUUUUCAUAGAGAGUCCUACUCCCUGAUUCUAACAGGAAUAAUGACAUUUCAACUAAUGAUAUUCUGAUGGAUCAAUGCAUCUGUAAAUAUUAUGUUUCUGUA